AAGAGGAAAACCUGCCAAAGUCUUCUCAUGUCUAAAGACACUGACAGGGACUGAGCUGCUGGAGAUGACACACCAGAGUUCACCUGCUGAGGUUAAAGUGACAUGUUUUUAUCCCCACGGUUCUUCAUCUCCUGACAGUGACGUUUCCUCCAUCAUCAUUAGAACAGCUCUUCCUCCUAAACUGACAGUGAAUCCAGCAGUGAUCAAGGACACAGACUCAGUCACACUGAACUGUCAGACUCCAUCAUCUGUUUCUGUGUCUCAGUGUCAUUUCUACAUUUUAAGUGGAGGAACAGCCAAAGUCCUCUCAUGUCUACAAACACUGACAGCUACUGAGUUACUGGAGAUGGCACAUCAGAGUUCACCUGCCAGGAUUCAAGUGACGUGUUUUUACACUGUAAAGACUGGAGAGUUUAACUAUCCAUCUCCACACAGUGACACAUCCUCCAUCACCAUACACAAUCUAAAACCACAGAUGAGUCUUGACCAUCGUUACGGUGACCACAUUCUCUUUACCUGCUCUCUGCCUGGACCUGCUGAUCAUGAUACAAAAUGUAACCUGUACUUCGGAGAAGCAAGUCGUUCAGUCCUAACAAGAAACAUCUUGGGGAAGAGGACCUCAAAAAAUCAAUCUUUCUGCCAGUUUACUGUCACAAUUGAUAUUUUGCUGAGACUUCUACAUUCAGUUCAACAAAGUGAUGCCAGCUGUGAUUACACUUUGGGAAGUGAACCCAACUCUUUGUCUCCUCGCAGUGACAGAUACAGCCUGACUGAUAUUGUGGAAAAAGAGUCAAGCAUGACACAGAUUGUGACAACAUCUCUGAUGACCACAGGUCUGACUGUUAGCACGCCUCGUGCCUCCACUACUGUAACUCCUGUAACAUCAGGGUGGGCUGUCAGUACGCCAAGUAUCACUACUGGUUUUAUCUCUACUUCAGUAAAAGCGGCACCAGAUACCAGUAUGACUUCUCUGAAUCCGGGAUCUGGCGAAGAAGCAACAGGUUGGAGUGUCAGCACGGCUGGCACUAAAGAAGUCUCUAACCCUGCAACCCCUCAGGAAACAGCUUCAGGAAUGUGGAUAUGGAGGUUUGUAGCAGUUGUGGCUGGUUGUGGAGUAACUGUGGGGGUCGUUGUGCUGGUUUCUGCAAUGCUCUGCAAAAGAAGAACUGUAGCAGGUUCUGGGGAAGUGAAAAGGCAGGAGCCUCAAAAUGAGAAUUUUGAAACAUACCAUUUGUACGCCACCAUCGCUGAGGAGCCAGCAGCAUCAGACCUGAAGGGGAUAACGUACAGCACAGUGCAGAAACACUGACACUGUUUGAUACUGUGUAGAGAAAGAGAGGAAAUGUUACUGAAAUGUAAAACUUGGGUUUGAAGUUGACUGGUAUAAUGUAGAGUAAAGUUACUAAAAUGUAUUUGUCUCAGAUCAACAAAACUUUUACCAAACAUUUACAAGUUUUACUGCUGGAUUAAAGUUUCAAGUUGAGGUUUACGAUGUACAAAGCACAGCAUGGGCUCCAAACAACAUGUCAAUUUUUCACUAUGAGAUUGAAAAUGUAUUUAGUU